AUGCCCAUCCCGACCGCAGACAUCUACGAUAAGGAGCAACAACAAAUCGCCCAAGACCAGCCCUCAUCCAAUACAUUCUCCGCAAACAACGGCAGCAAUGGCCAACAUGAUGUAUCUAGCUCUUCAGCUGCAGGCGCUGCCGAGAGCGAGCCGGCGCUGAGCAGGGAGGAGGCCGAUCGUCUGUAUGAGGAGCGUAUGGAAGAGGAAUAUGCGAAGAGGGAGGGCGGUGCUUGA